AUGCCUUUCAGGAAGAUGGCCCGUCACUUUGGUGACACUGCACCUUAUUUGUCGUAUCAUGAUAUUCUCCACAUCAAGUCUCUGAAGAACGAUUGGUUAACAGAUAACAACAUCGCCUUCUGGGAAGAAUGGCUCGAGCGCGAGAUUCUCCCGAAAUACCCCCAAGCCCGCAUCAUCCUCCUGCGGCCGUCGAUGACCUUCCUCCUGAUGAAAGAACCCGACAUGCGCCAAAUCCGCUCCGCCCUCCCCGACUUCUCGAAAGUAACGCACAUUUUCCUGCCGAUUAAUGAUGCUCGAAACGUCGCACAGGCCGAGGGCGGCUCUCACUGGUCGCUGCUCCUCGUCUCCGCCAUCGACGGCGUCGCUUUCCACUACGACUCCCUCGGCGGCGCAAACUACGCCGAGGCCCGCCUCGCGACGCAAAAAAUGUCCGAAAUCCUCGGCCGUCCCCUCAGGUUCCACAACCUCGAUGACUCCCCGCAACAAGAAAACGGCUCCGACUGCGGCGUCUUCGUCUGCAUCCUCAUGCGCCACCUCCUCGUCAAGCGACUGCUCUCGGCCAAUGCUAGGGAAAAGGUCAGCAUGAGCAUGGCGAACAAGCUCAUCGACUCCCACGGUGGGCGCAAGGAGAUGCUCAAGAUCAUCGAGAGCUUGAGAAAAGAGGGCGAGAGGAGGAGAUCGUAA